AAAAGCUUAAAAUCAAUUGUGCCUACAGUACUUUAACAUUAAUCGAAAUGGUUAGUUUUCAGUGUGAUGCUUGCUGCGACGUGGUGAAGAAGCCAAAGUUAGAUCAACAUAGACAGCGCUGCUGGGCAACAUUCACAUGCAUUGACUGUUCAACUACUUUUCAAAACAACGACUACAAGUCCCAUACUUCAUGUAUCAGCGAAGCCGAGAAAUAUGAAAAGUCAGUAUACAAAGGUCCAAAGAAGGGUCAGAAUGGUAAUGGCAACAACCAAAAGAAUUCAAGCCAAACUGUGAAGCCUGCCUCUCAGCCCCAAUCUAUCAUUGCUGAAAUUCAGGACAAGAAGAAGGAGCCAUCAGCAGACAAGAAGAAGGAUAAAAAGAGAAAGAAGGAGGAGUCUUCGUCUUCAUCUUCUUCAUCAUCCAGUGAAAGUGAAGAGGAGGAGGAAAAGCCAAAGAAAAAGAAGAAAUUGACAGUUUGGAGUGACAAGGAACUGAGUGAAGAUCUAGGUGAUAACAUUUUAUUGGCCAUCCCCGCUGUUGUUGCAAAGGUAGGUCUCUAAAAAAAGAUUA